CUCGUGCCUACUCCGCUCCCACACCCACAACGUUGCUGCAGACCUUCUUCCACUCCCAUCAUCCUCCGGCCACCACCGCCCACCCGCCAUGGCCGCCGCCUCCACCUCCCUCUCCCUCGCCUUCUGUCCUCUCUUCCGCCCAACUCCCCAACCCCAGUUCCAACCGCGGCACCUUGACCCCAAACUUCCCAAACCCCUUCGACUUAGCCUCGCGCCUGCACUCUCCUGCGCCGCCCCCCUCGCCGCCGUCCCCGACGGCGUCGCCAUAGACGAUAUCAUAGAGAAGGACUGGUCCUUCCUAAACGCCGCAGGCUCCCACCUUCCCCGCGCGCUCGCCGCGGGGGCGCUCUCGCCCGCGUCGCGUGUGCUGGCCGUGACGCCCACCCCGUCCUUCGUGAGCGCCCUCCUCUCCGAGUCCCCCUGCGAGCUCCUGGUGGCGGCGCACGAGUCGCUGUACGUGCUGGGAGGGAUCAAGGAGGAGCACGACCAGGUGAGGUGCUUCCAUUUGGAAGGAGGGGGAGGGGGGCAGGGGGGCGGCGUGGUGGAGGCCGUGCCGGGGAGGUUCGACGCGUUCGACGUGGUGUUCGUCUGCUACUUCCCCGGGAUGGGGGUCUCGCCGGCGGCGCUGCUUAGGUCGCUCGCCAAGAGGUGCUGCAAAGGCGCAAGGGUCGUCAUCUUCUUGGAUCAAGGUAGGCAGAGCCUGGCGCAACACCGCAGGGAGAAUCCGGACAUUGUGUUCGCGGACUUGCCCAGUAGGUCUUCCCUGGAGAAGGCUGCAGAUGGGAGCAAGUUUGAAAUGGCGGAGUUCGUUGACGAUUCGUCGCUGUACCUUGCCGUUCUGCUGUUCCAAGGGUGAAACCAUUUUUGUAAGACAGAUUAUGUAGACUGGUAUUAUCUACAUCAGGUUUAAGCGAGCUGCUCGUUCAUAGAUACGCAGGAAGUUGCAAGAUUACUUGUGUUUAUCUACUUAUAUCUUUGCAUC